UAAGAGUAUCCUUUUUUUUUUCACCAUAAUAACCUUACUGUGAUUUUCUGAGAUCUGAAAGAAUCUGAAGAAAAUCCUGAAUAAUUGGUCAUUUUAGAUCCAAGUAAUGCUGAAUACCAAAGUCAUCUGAAAUACGGGGUCAGAGGGAAGGAGUAACACCCGCAUAACUGACUGGCCAGAUUCAUAGGCAUUUUCUGCUACUCUUGGUGUUAACUCCUAACCUGAUCACACAGUCCUGGCAUCAAGGGCUGAUCUGAAUUGCUCUAUGCCCUAAUUUGUAUAAGUAAGAACUGGGCUGUGAAGAAUUUUAUUGUGUUUAUAAUGUCUGUUCUGACAGUGUUUUAUAGUCUGUUUCAUAUGCUAAGUGUUUCAGUUGACUCCCUUUCCUCAUGCCCUCUAAGUAUUAAUGUCUCCUCAAUUGAUCUGGUUACCCAUGAAUUCAGUCCAAGUCAGCUGUUACAGUGGCUGAAAAUACAAGAACAGUGAUUUUAAAACCUAGAGGUGCCUGUCCUCAUAAAAGGGCCAAAUCUCAUCAGGCAGUCUCCAAGUGAAAAAAAUUAUGAGACUGAAACCACUGUGCCUGUGUGUGUGUGUGUGAGAGAGAGACCUGUAAUAACAAACAUUAUUUAUUUGGUUGUUACAGAAAAGGAAACAUCCUAAUGUUUCUGUACUAUACUUUGAAUUGUCAUACUUUCUGGUGCUAUCCUGGUGCAUGCAUGGGAAAGAAUAUACAUAUGCAUAUAUCUCUAUAUUUGUAGGCACUAUAGUCAAAACAACUUAUUUGCCUAGCUGGCUUAGCUGCAAAACUGACUUACUCUUACCCACCCACUAGCAAACUCCCUGGGGGAAAUAGGGCAAAAAGGUCACACAGAAGCAAUAAAGCUGAUCACCUUUUACAAAAGAGUUCUUUAAGAAGUUCUCAGUGGCACUGUUCAUCUUUUGGAAGGGAGAUCACUUCAUUCUCUGCCCAUCCCGGUGUCAUCAGCACUAGCUCUGGAUUCACUAUAGAGGAAGAAAAGCCUAUUUCUACCUUGCUGCUGCAGUACACUCAGUGUUCCUCUUGCUGAUGACACGAGUCCUCUUUGAAUCUACUUACAAGAUUCUGAAGUCUGAACAGAGAAUUUUGGCACUGCACUGGCAUUGCAAGAAAUAGAUAAUAUCAAGGACAUCAGGAGUGGGAGAAGUUGGAGACUCAAAAGGGCUCAGGCUGAACUGAAGUGUCCUCCAUACUGACAGCUCCAAUUCUCCAUUUGGAAGAGAGAGCCACCCUCUAUGUGUAAUUCAGAAAACCUCAGAGAAGGCCUGAUUUAGGUUGAGAAAUUACAUAACAGAAAAAUUGACGGUCAAGAGCACUUUUUAAAGGAUGUCUUCCAAGCGACCAGCCUCUCCGUAUGGGGAAGCAGAUGGAGAGGUAGCCAUGGUGACAAGCAGACAGAAAGUGGAAGAAGAGGAGAGUGACGGGCUCCCAGCCUUUCACCUUCCCUUGCAUGUGAGUUUUCCCAACAAGCCUCACUCUGAGGAAUUUCAGCCAGUUUCUCUGCUGACGCAAGAGACUUGUGGCCAUAGGACUCCCACUUCUCAGCACAAUACAAUGGAAGUUGAUGGCAAUAAAGUUAUGUCUUCAUUUGCCCCACACAACUCAUCUACCUCACCUCAGAAGGCAGAAGAAGGUGGGCGACAGAGUGGCGAGUCCUUGUCCAGUACAGCCCUGGGAACUCCUGAACGGCGCAAAGGCAGCUUAGCUGAUGUUGUUGACACCUUGAAGCAGAGGAAAAUGGAAGAGCUCAUCAAAAAUGAGCCAGAAGAAACCCCCAGUAUUGAAAAGCUACUCUCAAAGGACUGGAAAGACAAGCUUCUUGCAAUGGGAUCAGGGAACUUUGGUGAAAUAAAAGGGACUCCCGAAAGCCUGGCUGAGAAGGAGAGGCAGCUCAUGGGUAUGAUCAAUCAGCUAACCAGUCUGCGAGAGCAGCUGUUGGCUGCCCAUGAUGAGCAGAAGAAACUGGCUGCAUCUCAGAUUGAGAAACAGCGUCAGCAAAUGGAGCUGGCCAAGCAGCAGCAAGAACAGAUCGCGAGACAACAGCAGCAGCUUCUGCAGCAACAACACAAAAUCAAUUUGCUUCAGCAACAGAUCCAGCAGGUUCAAGGUCAGCUGCCGCCAUUAAUGAUUCCUGUAUUCCCUCCUGAUCAACGGACACUGGCUGCAGCUGCCCAACAAGGAUUCCUCCUUCCUCCAGGCUUCAGCUAUAAGGCUGGAUGUAGUGACCCUUACCCUGUUCAGCUGAUCCCAACUACCAUGGCAGCUGCUGCCGCAGCAACACCAGGCUUAGGCCCACUCCAACUGCAGCAGUUAUAUGCUGCCCAGCUAGCUGCAAUGCAGGUAUCUCCAGGAGGAAAGCUCCCAGGCAUACCCCAAGGCAACCUUGGUGCUGCUGUAUCUCCUACCAGCAUUCACACAGACAAGAGCACAAACAGCCCACCACCCAAAAGCAAGGAUGAAGUGGCACAGCCACUGAACCUAUCAGCUAAACCCAAGACCUCUGAUGGCAAAUCACCCACAUCACCCACCUCUCCCCAUAUGCCAGCUCUGAGAAUAAACAGUGGGGCAGGCCCCCUCAAAGCCUCUGUCCCAGCAUCAUUAGCUAGUCCAUCAGCCAGAGUUAGCACAAUAGGUUAUUUAAAUGACCAUGAUGCUGUCACCAAGGCAAUCCAGGAAGCUCGGCAGAUGAAGGAGCAGCUUCGACGGGAACAACAGGUGCUUGAUGGGAAGGUGGCUGUUGUGAAUAGUCUAGGUCUCAAUAACUGCCGGACAGAAAAGGAAAAAACAACACUGGAGAGUCUGACUCAGCAACUGGCAGUUAAACAGAAUGAAGAAGGAAAAUUUAGCCAUGCCAUGAUGGAUUUCAAUAUGAGUGGAGAUUCCGAUGGAAGUGCUGGAGUCUCAGAAUCAAGAAUUUAUAGAGAAUCCAGAGGGCGUGGUAGCAAUGAACCCCACAUAAAGCGUCCAAUGAAUGCCUUCAUGGUGUGGGCUAAAGAUGAACGAAGGAAAAUCCUUCAAGCCUUUCCCGACAUGCACAACUCCAACAUCAGCAAGAUACUGGGAUCUCGCUGGAAAGCUAUGACAAACCUAGAGAAACAGCCAUAUUACGAGGAGCAAGCCCGUCUCAGCAAACAGCACCUGGAGAAGUACCCCGACUACAAAUACAAGCCCAGGCCGAAGCGCACCUGCCUGGUGGAUGGCAAGAAGCUGCGCAUCGGCGAGUACAAGGCCAUCAUGCGGAACAGGCGGCAGGAGAUGAGGCAGUACUUCAACGUUGGGCAACAAGCACAGAUCCCCAUCGCCACUGCUGGCGUUGUGUACCCUGGAGCCAUCGCCAUGGCGGGAAUGCCCUCCCCUCACCUGCCCUCGGAGCACUCAAGCGUGUCCAGCAGCCCGGAGCCUGGGAUGCCUGUUAUCCAGAGCACUUACGGUGUGAAAGGAGAGGAGCCACACAUCAAAGAAGAGAUCCAGGCUGAGGACAUCAACGGAGAAAUUUAUGAUGAGUACGAUGAGGAGGAAGACGAUCCAGAUGUAGAUUAUGGGAGUGACAGUGAAAACCAUAUUGCAGGACAAGCCAACUGAUAAGGGUCAAAAGAUGGUCAUGACCUUAGGACUUAAAGAAGCCCUAGCUGGUUCAUCCUUACCAGUGGCCAAGCACAUUAACUUUCUCAUACACUGACUGUUACUUUAACUGUUAGUCUUAAAUAGUUGGGACAUCAGCUGACUAAUAGACCUCAGCCUCAAAAGGCUCGGAAAGGAAAUCAAAAUACAACAAGCAAACAACAAUAUCAACAACAAGAGAUUGAAAUAAGCUAUGGGUAAAUAUAAUGCCAGUAAUUCAGCUGCUACAUCCAAGCACUGAAGUCUUACCCGUCAACUUUUUUUUUUAAUAAACUUUAUGGCUGUUUGUUCUACAAUGUUCUAGAAAUUCUCACUCAGGUACACAGUGCCAACAAGUGGCUUGUGAAUGUGUUUUGUUGUUUUGUGCUACAAUUUUUAAAAAGAAAUAAGUUUUGUUUU